AUGUCGACUGCGGCCGCGAACACGACCUCUACGAAGCCCUCGGCGCUGACCUUUGACCUUCACGCCCGAUGUUCGACCUCCAAGGCUCGAGCCUCAACGCUUCACCUGCCACAUGGCACAGUCGACCUCCCCAUGUUCAUGCCCGUGGCGACGCAGGCAUCUCUGAAGGGCCUCACGCCAGAGCAGUUGGAAGAGACAGGCUGUACGCUAUGCUUGAACAAUACAUAUCACUUGGGUCUGAAGCCCGGCCAGGAAGUGCUGGACACGAUCGGCGGAGCCCAUAAACUCCAGGGAUGGAACUACAAUAUCCUGACCGACAGUGGCGGUUUCCAGAUGGUCUCGUUGCUCAAGUUGGCAAAGAUUACGGAGGAGGGCGUGCGGUUCCUAAGCCCUCACGAUGGGACUCCAAUGCUUCUCACACCAGAACACUCCAUGUCCCUUCAGAACUCGAUCGGAUCCGAUAUCAUGAUGCAGCUCGACGAUGUCAUCCAGACCACGUCGCCAGACCAUGCGCGGAUGAAGGAAGCCAUGGAACGCUCGAUCAGAUGGCUGGACAGAUGUAUCGCGUCGCACAAGUACCCGGAGAAACAGAAUCUGUUCUGCAUCAUCCAGGGCGGGCUCGAUCUGGAAAUGCGUCGACAAUGCUGUGUCGAGAUGGUCAAGAGAGACACGCCUGGCAUAGCCAUCGGCGGGCUCUCCGGGGGUGAAGCAAAGUCGGAUUUUUGCAAAGUCGUCGAUACAUGCACCGAUAUGCUUCCGGAAACCAAACCAAGAUAUGUCAUGGGAAUAGGCUAUCCCGAGGACAUCGUCGUCGCUGUCGCUCUUGGAGCUGAUAUGUUCGAUUGUGUCUGGCCUACCAGGACAGCGCGCUUCGGCAACGCCAUCACCUCCGGCGGAGUGCUCAAUCUCAAACACGCCCGCUACUCCAAGGACUUCGGCCCCGUCGAACCAGAUUGCACCUGCACGGUCUGUCGCUCGAAAGAGGACGGCGGCCUGGGCGUCACUAGAGCAUUUAUCUACCAUCUCGCAGCCAAGGAGACGGUCGGAGCACAUCUGUUGACAAUGCAUAAUGUCCAUCAUCUCCUCGCGCUGAUGCGCCGCGCCAGACAGGCGAUUCUGGCCGAUCGGUAUCCGGACUUCGCGAGGGAUUUCUUUGCCCGUUAUUUCGCUGGCAAGGCGACGCCGCAGUGGGCAAUUGAUGCGCUGAGGGGCGUUGGCAUUGAACUUUGA